UCAUGGUCACUAUUACUUUAAAACUGAAAACAGUUUCCGGAGCAUAACUCAAGUUCCAUUUGGCCCACAAUAUUCAAACUUCAUAGGAUGAUUGUCCAUAUUAGAUAGAAGACACCUAUUGAUUUUGGGGUCGCAAGGUCAAAGGUCAUGGUCACUAUUUCCUUAAAACUGUAAACAGUUUUCGGGGCAUAACUUAAGUUUCAUUUGGACCACAAUAUUCAAACUUCAUACGAGGAUUGUUAUUUGAAGGAGAUUAUACUUUAUUUAAUUCCCAUGUCUUACAAAUGCUUCAUCUUUACUAAAAAAUCACUUUCGGGCAUAAAAUGCACCGCCUAGCGGUGCUCUUGUUAUUAUCUCUAUUUCUCACAGAGCCUGUGACGUCAUUUAAACUUCCACUACCUGAGAAUACAAUUGUGUGCCCAACUACUACUCCAAAUACUGAGGAACCCACAAAUACUGAAGGAAAUGCUGCAGCUAAUAAGCCUAGAAUUGUUAUAGACAAUGGUGUUUCACAUGGUAUUAUUCCGCCGACAUCUUUCCCGCAAAAAACCAUCCAGUAUGGCGAAAUUUCAACUGCAGCUCCGGUAGAGACAUGUGUUACUGAUUGUGUAUGUCCAUGCGGCUGGGUAGAUCCUCCAAAGAACUAUACAGACGAAGAAUUGACGGCCAAGGUUACCGAGAUACAGGAGAGACUAAAAGUUUUCAAAGAAUUUCUAAGUUCUACGGUUCGUGCGAAGAGCAGCGCAAAAGACCAUAGAACGGAAGCCGCAGCUGUUGGCAUUGUGGGUGUUGUAUUCCUUGUGUCAAUAGUUGGUGCCAUUUUCCUCCUUGAUCUGACAACAAUUGCGCGUGACGUCAGAAUGUUGUUGGGGAACCUUAGGCAAUUGUACCAGCCGUGAUUUGAAGACGUUAAUCCACAAUUUGACGACACCAUAUUCUUUUUUAUACAGAUUAAGCACCUCCCGCUGCUGAUGCACCUGCAGAUAUUUUACUUAUAUUUGACAUGACGUCGUGACUUGUAUUGCUGACAACAAAAGACACCAUUAGCUGUGGUGUUGUUGUCGUUGUGUUUUAUUUUAAUAAUUAUUGUUAAAAAUUGUUUUCUUUAUUUUUUCAUUGAAAAUGUUUGACUGGAAAAAUGAUUAAGAUUGUGGCAUAAGUCCACCAAACCAGUGUUAAAAAGGUCAAAUCGUUUGAAGCAAUCGGGAAACAAGGAAAAUAUAACAGAGUAACUAUAUGCCCAAUGUAUAUGGCCAAUUAACAUGUAAACAGAAAAAAAACUUAAAGUAACUUGACUGUUUGACAUAACUAAGUUCAAUUAAAUAUUUUCAAUAAAAAAGGAGAUAAUGAACGUGACUUACGGAAAUUGUUUUUACAUAAUGAUAUCAUAAUUAUUAGUUAAAGCGGCUUUCAGCUUUCCUAAAGGUUAAAUUUGUUAUUAUUAGAUAAGUCGUUUCAUAUGAAUUUCGAAUUAAAAGAAUAAUGUUGAAAAUGAAAUUGGCCGCCGAUUAAAUACAUAAGCAAUAAGGAAACCCUUCGAUACCUCUAAUCUUACGGUCCGCUCUCUAUAUGUAAGUAAGUAAGGCGAACGAUGCAUUUCCUGAUCUUCUAUUUUUAGAAACGAAAGGCACUCACGCGUUAUAAAUAGCUCUCUCGACGCUGUGUUGAAGAAGACUUAACAGUGAAAUGAUACAUCUUUUCAAGUUAAAAUUAAUGAAAUACGUAGUUUGAAACAACACUUAAUUGUUUUUACCAACACAACAACAUCAACAACAAAAAAGCAAAAAAAGGCUGAAGGCCGCUUUAACACCAUGUAUUUGUUUUAGAUAUAGAUUGAAGUAUAUGAGUUAUAUUAAAAAUGAUUUUAAGUGCAAUUUAUGAAAUUUAAUUACUUAAAGACACAUUAUGCCUCAGAAAUCCAUAUGCGUUUGAAAAUGUUUAAAUAAUAGAUUAAAGAAUGUUAUAUGAUGUUUAACUCAACACACUGUUAUGUGUCGUAAAGGUAGC